GAUACGACCACUGGGAGAAGUCAAGAUGAGAAGGGAAAAUGAAAACAUCAUUUUAUUAAUCCCACACAGAGGCGGAAAUUAUAGGAGAGAGAAUAACCAGGGACGACGAAGCAUCCAGACGGCAGAAACAACAGGCCUGUCGAAUAAGGCCAAAUACAACAUUGACCUAAUCCAAGAUGGCGCCGGAGGUUAUUACCGGGAGCGCAAAAGCGGCGGUGAUUACCCUGUUCCUCGAUGGCGGUGGCGACUGAGGUGGCUCGUUAUAGCUGUUGGUCUGGUCAGAGCAUACCUGGCUAAGGGUAGCUAUCAUAGCCUUUAUUAUUCCAUUGAAAAGCCUUUGAAAUUCUUCCAAACUGGAGCCUUAUUGGAGAUUUUACAUUGUGCAAUAGGAAUUGUUCCAUCUUCUGUUGUCCUGACUUCUUUCCAGGUGAUGUCAAGAGUUUUUUUAAUAUGGGCAGUAACACAUAGCGUCAAGGAGGUACAGAGUGAAGACAGUGUUCUCCUGUUUGUUAUUGCCUGGACAAUCACAGAAAUUAUCCGUUACUCCUUUUAUACAUUCAGUCUAUUAAACCAUCUGCCUUACCUCAUCAAAUGGGCCAGGUACACGCUUUUCAUUGUGCUGUACCCAAUGGGAGUGUCAGGAGAAUUGCUCACAAUAUAUGCCGCUUUGCCCUUUGUCAGACAGUCUGGCCUGUACUCCAUCAGUUUACCUAACAAAUACAAUUUCUCUUUUGACUAUUACGCAUUCCUAAUUCUGAUAAUGAUCUCCUACAUUCCAAUUUUUCCCCAGUUAUACUUCCACAUGAUACACCAGAGAAGAAAGGUCCUUUCUCAUACUGAAGAACACAAGAAAUUUGAAUAAUUCCUGCUUCCUGCACACCCCCAGAAACAAACUUUCCAAUGACAAAAGAUGCUGCAGACUUUUUCUGUUCCCAGUACGUUUCAUAGAAAAUAAGUAAGAACUUUUUUAAAAAUACUAAAAAAAACCCAAAACAAAACAAAACCCAAAAUCCA